GCAGAGACAGAGGGAAGCAGCGACCUCCUACCCAAUCCGAGCUAAUAAAAUGCAUUCUGACUCCAGCUCGAGCAGAUCUUCCUCACCAGACAUGGAUGGAAUGUAUCUCCGAGACCACCUCAAUUCAGUGUCCUCAACGCAGAACGAACUCCUCCAGAAGAUGACGAGCGAGCAUCUUUCCAGGCACGGGGAAAAUACGUCAUCUGGCGGGAGCAAGUACAAACUCAAGAAGCAGGUGACCGAUCAAGAGAUUCAGCAUCUGAGGCUGAAAAUCAACGGACGGGAGCGCAAGAGGAUGCACGACUUGAACCUGGCGAUGGACGGCCUCCGGGAAGUUAUGCCUUACGCACACGGUCCGUCUGUAAGAAAGCUGUCGAAGAUUGCCACUCUCCUGCUUGCCAGAAACUACAUCCUGAUGCUCAACAGCUCCAUGGACGAGAUGAAAAGGCUGGUUGGAGAAAUCUACGGCGGACAUCAUUCUGCGUUCCACUGCGGGACAGUGAGCGGCCACUCUGGCAACCCGGCGCUUCAGGUGCAUCCGCUGCUCGGGAGCGCGCUGUCCUCGUCCACAUCCUCUACCCUCACCACCACCUUACCUGGACUUACCUCCAUCCGAGCGCCUCACUCCUUAAUGAAGAGUGCCCCUGCACACCCUCUUCAGCUCGGCAGCGGCUUCCAACACUGGGCAGGUUUACCAUGCCCGUGCCCCAUAUGCCAAGUACCUCCACCCCCUCAUAUUCCUAUCAGUUCAGCGGGACUGACGAGACUUGCAAGCGGAAACAAGGAUGUGAUAAAGUAA